UAUUGCAGAUAAUCUCCAAGGCACUCUUUCCAUUUGCAGCUCAAACUCUGCGGGCACAAGUGAUACACUCAUCGAAGAGGAGAGGAAAGAAUCAAACGCGAUGGCGUCCGAUAGGCUUUGCCAGGCAGCCGUCUUUGCGCUGCUGUUUUCAGGUCUUUGCCACGGAGCUGGAAUAAUCCCGGUCGACAGGCUGCGUGGGACGCCUGGACAGAGCGUGACCUUUGCCACGUCACUGACACCGACGUCGGAACCCUUUCUGGCGCUGACUUGGAGCUUCAACACGACCACCAGUGUGAUAACUUCGACCAACGUGGAUGUGGUGGGAGAAGGCUAUGAGGGCAGGAUCACCCUGGAUAAAACCACCGGAUCGUUGGUGCUGGGAAAUCUGACGGAGGAAGACAGCGGAGAAUACGAGUUACUGGUCAUCCCGCAUGCUGGCCAGCCGAUUGUGGGACAUGUCAUAUUGGAAGUGCUCAGUGUCGUGUCCAUCCCGGCGAUGGCCUGUCCCACGGAAAACUUGCUCGAAGGUCAAAGCUCCCUCAACCUGACCUGCGACGCUGUCGGUGUGGUGACCAACAGAGCGUGGAAGAUAAAAGGCAAGCCGCUGCUCCCCGGCGGCCGAUUCGUCUUCUACGACGGCGGCCGAGUGCUGUCCAUCAGCCCCGUGCACAGACAGGACACCGGAGUCUUCCUGUGUAACGUCAGUAACGCCGUCAGCUUUGCAACAGCCAAAUGCAAGCUGAAAGUGUUCUAUGGGCCUGACGAACCCUUUAUAGAUCAGGAUCCGGUCGGCGCUGAACUCGAGGACAGCGUCACGCUGCUCUGCUCGGCCGACUCACUGCCCAAGGCCAAGUUCAGCUGGAAUUUCAAGCACACGGUCAUGUCCGGGCCCGAGCACUACAUCGAGGAAAUGCAAAAGCGCGACCUGGGGAAGUACACUUGCACGGCGCGCAACGAAAUCACCGGGUUGGAAGUCUCCGCCGUCCACACGUUGCAGGACUCCUGUGCUUCCGUCAGAAUGUCCGUGGUGGUUUGCGCUGUCUUGACGUCACUGGGACUCAUGCUGAGCUAAAAGACUGCGUCACUUUAUUGCGAUGCGUUUGUUGUAUCUUCAUAUGAAGCUUGUCUACGUGCCCUCGGGCCCUUCUCCAAUGUUAUUUCAGCCAUUAGCGAAAGUGCCACCCGACAUCAUCAUAAAAAGGACAUCAGGAGUUGUGACAUUCUGUUGUAAUAUUUAACGACUUACAGCUUUUAAUUUUAUUUCAUUUCAACCGCCGUUAAUGCGAAUUUAUGUUUG